ACGAGUGUUGUAGUCGUAUUAAAACUCGUGCUAAAAAAAAAAAGAAAAGAAUUUUGUAUUCAAAAUAAAAUAAAACAACAAAAAUCACAUAAAAUUACAGAGCUUUCGGCAAAACGAUCGCCAUUCCAUACGAGGAAUUAAUUAAAGUAGUGAUUAGUGAAUUCCUCAAAGUGAUAAUGUGCUAAAAUAGUGUCUCUUACAAGAGUAAAAUGUAAAAAAAAAUAUACAACACAAAAAAUAUAUGUAUGAAAUUUUUGUGUAAAAUACCAGCUAAUACACACCCGUGUACACAAAUAGCAUUUAAUAAAAUAACGUACGUUCUGCCGUACGGCGUGUUGUAAAAAAAUAAAAAAAAAUCCGCUCCAGCGUCUAUGGAAAUGUAAAUGGAAAAAUCUACAAGAUGUCUGUCGGGUAAAAGUGUAUAAAAUGUACGUGCUUACAUAUUGUUAAUGCAAAAAAAGAGAAAAGUAUUAGUAAAAUUUUCGCCAAAUUCCACGAGAAAUGAUUGAAAAAAGUGCAAAACGUACCGAGUAACGACCAAAGGAACGAGAUAAAGGUGAUUUUGUGCAACAAUUAGAGACAGAUUAGUGUUUAAAUUGGAUUAAAAUUGUGCAUUUGGUGUUGCGCUGCUGCUGUUGCUCCUCCACACUCACACAAAUACAUACAAAUCUAUACACAUACCGCGACUUUACGGGAGAGAGAUACGAAGUAAUUCAUUCAUCGCAGCUAGCUAGCUCACAAGAAGGCAAGCACAAGAACCUAUAUAAAAAUAAUAAAACAACAAGGACAUAAGAAACGAGGGACGAACAACGAGGUCACCAAACGAUUGUCAUCAUCAUUGUCCUUGUUGUGGAUUUCUUUUUCUACUACAGUGAUUAAAGACAUUCGACGCUUCAUAGCAAAGUUUCUUUAGAACAAAUACCAGAUCCGAACAUAUGACGAGACAUAUGAGCAACUGAAGGUUUGGCAACUCUCUUAGACGUAAAAAACACGUAAAUUUCCUCUGCACGCGAAAAAUGAAGCUCAUAGGCUCAUGGCUCUUGCUCACGGUAAUCCUUGUACAAAAUGCGACGGCAUUGUCGACGUCCUCGGGCAGCAGUAAAAGCAAUAGAGGCAACACAAACAAUAAUCUUAGUAAAAGCGGUAGCAAUAGAACAAUAACGCACACGGCAAACUUCGAGAAUGUCGUGCUGAACCACCUGAUUGUCGACCGGAACACGGGACGCGUGAUAAUCGGCGGCAAAAAUCGUCUCUACCAACUGUCGCCAGACUUGCAAGUGGUGAUCACGGAAGUGACGGGCCCGAAAAACGAUUCGCCCGAUUGCACUGUGCUCGAUUGCCCGCAGGCAGCGCUAAAAACGCUCACCGACAACGUGAACAAAGUCUUGCUCAUCGACUACAGUACAAGUAGGUUAAUUACGUGCGGCUCGCUCUUCCAGGGCAUUUGCGAUGUCCGCAACUUGCAGAAUAUCAGUAUUAUCGAGCAGCAGGGCCAGGAAGCUGUUGUUGCCAACAACGCCGAGGCAUCAACCGUGGCGUUUAUCGCUCCCGGUCCGCCAAAUCCGCCCGUCACGACAGUCAUGUACGUGGGCGUGACGUUCACGAGCAACAGCGCUUACCGCAGCGAAAUUCCCGCCGUGGCAUCACGAAGUCUCGAUGCGCAAAAAAUUUUCCAAAUUGCCGCGUCGGCAGUGACAACGGGCACGCGUAUGUUCAUCAACUCGUAUGCGCGCGAAUCGUAUCUCGUGAAUUACGUGUACGGCUUCAGCUCGGAGAAGUUCUCGUACUUCCUCACGACGCAACUCAAACACAACUCGCAUACCAAUCCAAAGGAAUACAUCACAAAGUUAGUUAGAAUAUGUCACGAAGACACCAAUUACUACUCGUACACGGAAAUUCCCGUUGAUUGCAUUGGCGGGCAGGAGCAGCAAAAUGUCAAGUACAAUCUGGUGCGUGCGGCGUAUCUGGCGAAUCCCGGAAGCGAUUUGGCCGAAAGUAUGGGGAUUACGAUAAAGGAUGAUGUUCUGUUUGCUGUGUUUUCCGAUGGAAAAAGUGCGAAUCGCUCGGCUUUGUGUAUCUAUCCGCUCAAGGCGAUCCGCAGGAAGUUUAUGCAAAACAUCAAGUCAUGCUUCUCCGGUACGGGACAACGUGGAUUGGAGUUUAUCAGUCCUAAUAUGCCAUGCGUUCCAACGAAACUUCAAACGAUCUCCGAGGACUUUUGCGGUUUAGAUGUCAACUCUCCGCUCGGCGGCGAACAACCCAUUACCGCAGUUCCCGUUGCCAUCUUCAACACGGAACUCACUGCCGUCGCAUCGACAACUACGAGCGGUUUCACUGUCGUUUUCAUCGGCACCAAAAGCGGACACCUCAAAAAAGUCGUUGUCGAGUCGCAAACGAACGCCAUCGAGUACUCGGACAUUCCCAUCGACGAAGGAUCUCCCGUGAAUGCCGACAUGCAUUUCGACAAAUCGGAAAAACACGUUUACGCCAUGACGAAAUACAAGGUUCACAAGGUCAAGGUGCACGAUUGCACGGUUUACAAGUCGUGCAGCGAGUGUUUGGGCGCCAAAGACCCGUAUUGCGGAUGGUGCAACUUGGAAAAUAAAUGCAGUUUACGGUCGCAGUGUCAAGAUGACGGCAACGAUCCGCUUUUUUGGGUGAGUUACAAGACGGGCAAGUGCACGACGAUCACGAGUGUGACGCCGCAUCAGCUGCAACGGACAACGGCACGCACAUUGGAGCUUAUUAUCGAUCAUUUGCCGAAUUUGAAGGAACAUCUUGUGUGUGCGUUCACUUUUUCGAGUCAGGAAAAGCCUCUUGUGACAAAUGCCACACGGAAGAGGAAUGGAGUUAAUUGUACGACGCCACGAACGGAUCUUUUGCCGCAAAUUGCACAAGGAAAACAUCACUUUACCGCCAAAUUGUCUGUUCGCACACAAACUGGCCCGGAUCUCGUCUCCACGAACUUUACCUUCUUCGAUUGCUCCACACACACUUCAUGCACACGUUGCGUUUCAUCCCAAUUCCCGUGCGAUUGGUGCGUCGAAGCUCAUCGAUGCACGCACGACACUGCCGAAAAUUGCCGCAACGAUAUUUUGGUAACGGGCGUCAACCGAAUCGGGCCUUCAUACCGCAGCGGACCCACUUUUUGCCCAACUAUCAAUGCAACGGGCGACGCAAGCGAGAUUCUAGUCGCUGCCAGCUCGAAAAAAUCAAUCCGCGUAAAAGUUCACAUCAUCGGGCAAUUUAUCGUGCAAACGCGCUUCGUGUGUCAAUUUAACAUCGAAGGUCGAGUGACGUCGGUGAAUGCGCAAUUAUUGGGCGACACAAUUUACUGCGAUCCCAUGGAAUUUAUGUACACGUCACGAUCGCCGAAUCUCACAGCAACUUUCGCCGUCAUCUGGGGCGGCUCCAAACCGCUCGACAAUCCGCACAAUAUUCACGUCGUGAUUUAUCGAUGUCGCGAUAUGGCUGACAGUUGCGGCGUUUGUCUCCAGCUGCCCGAGAAAUUCAAUUGUGGAUGGUGCUCGUCGAGCAAUACGUGCGAAAUUGAGGAUCAGUGCAGCAUUCAAAAGGAAAAUAAACUCAUCUGGCUCAAUCGGCAAGCAACGUGCCCGAAUCCGGAAAUCCAUUCGUUCGAACCGAAAACGGGUCCGUGGGAGGGCGGCACCAACAUCACAAUUCGCGGCAUCAAUUUGGGCAGGAAUUUCAGCGACAUCUAUUCGGGUGUCACGAUUGCGGGCAUCGAUUGCGCCCCCUACCGCCAACUUUAUGUCGAAACGAAGCAAAUUGUGUGCAACGUCGACAGUCCCGGCGUCGAGCAACUCCGUGAGGGUCCCAUCAUUGUCAAAAUCAACGAAUAUCGUGGCGAGUCGAAGAACGAAUACAAGUUUGUGAAUCCGCAAAUUGAUGAUUUUGAGCCGAAACGCGGUCCGCAAGCGGGAGGCACGCAACUUCGCAUCAAGGGCAAGUACUUGAAUGCGGGCAGCAGGAUCCGGGCGUUCAUCGAUAACUUGCAAUGUGAGGUUUUGAGCACGGAUGAGACCCAAGCGCUAUGCAAAACGAGUCCCAGUCGCACUUUGACACGCGGCAAACUCAAGAUGCGCUUCGAUAAUGCGGCGCGCGAAUACAACGGCGAUCUUUUCGAGUACGUACCUAACCCCAAAAUCGAGUAUGCGAUGAGCGGCAACGGCGAAAAGAUUCCGCGUGGCAUUCCAGCGGGCGGAAUUAAGAUUCACGUCGUCGGCAAAAACUUUGCUUCGAUCCAGUACCCGAGUAUGUACGUUUAUUACGACAGCAAGAGCUUCCUGGGCGAAUGCGAGAUCCGAAGUGAUACCGAAAUGGUGUGUGACAGCCCGAUAAUCGACGCUGACAGUGCAAACUUGGAUCCCGACAACCCCGAAUUACUCGAAUAUGGCUUCAAAAUGGACGAUGUCAUGGAAGUUCGUAAUCUCACGCAAGAUAAAAAGUUUGAAAAAUUCAAAUUACUACCGAAUCCCGUCUUUUAUCCAUUUGACGAGGACCUCAAGUUCUUCAAUAGCGAAUAUCUCACGAUAAACGGGCGUUAUUUGAGUCAUGCUGCCAAAGAAACCGAUGUCCAAGUCAUGAUCGGCGACGGAAUUUGCAAUAUCACGUCACUUUCGAGGCAACAACUCACCUGCCGACCUCCAAUUGAUGCCGCAACCACAGAUGGCACACCUCAAGUCGUCGUCAAAGUGGGCAAUAACUUGAGUUACAACAUCGGAAGACUCACUUACAGCAGUGCGGCGCUCAGUUUUAACAAUUUGGGCAACAAUGUGGUCGUUUUUGGGAUUGCCGGUAUCUGUAUCGUGUUAUUUGUGAUCAUCGCGUUGCUUGUGGCUUACAAGAAAAAGACCUCCGAGUCAAAUCGGGUUCUGAAAAACAUGCAGGAGCAAAUGGAUAUCUUGGAAUUGCGUGUCGCAGCUGAAUGUAAGGAAGCAUUUGCCGAACUACAAACCGAAAUGACAGAUUUAACGGGCGAUAUUACGUCGGGCGGUAUUCCCUUCCUCGAUUAUCGAACGUAUGCGAUGAAAAUUCUCUUCCCCAAUCACGAGGAUCAUGUCGUACUGCAAUGGGAACGUCCCGAAUUGCUGCGCAAAGAGAAGGGAUUGCGACUUUUCGGGCAAUUAAUCAUGAACAAGACGUUCCUUUUGCUCUUUAUUCGCACUUUGGAGAGCAACAGGUACUUUUCGAUGCGAGAACGGGUCAAUGUGGCAUCGCUCAUUAUGGUAACGCUCCAAAGUAAGCUCGAAUAUUGCACGGAUAUCCUCAAAACGUUGCUGGCGGAGCUCAUUGAGAAGUGCAUCGAUGGCAAAUCGCAUCCGAAACUCUUGCUAAGACGAACCGAAAGUGUCGCCGAGAAGAUGUUGAGUGCGUGGUUCACGUUUUUGCUCUUUAAAUUCCUCAAAGAAUGCGCGGGCGAGCCACUUUACAUGCUUUUCCGCGCCGUCAAAGGUCAAGUCGACAAAGGACCCGUUGAUGCCAUCACGCACGAAGCUCGUUAUUCCCUGAGCGAGGAGAAACUCAUCCGACAACUCAUCGAAUUCAAGGUUUAUACAGUAUACGCGAGCAUGACACAACCCCCAAUCUUCGGCAAUAACAUGGAAAUGGUGCCAACGCACACGGAAAAUAUCCCGGUGAAAGUUUUGGACUGCGACACAAUCUCUCAGGUGAAGGAAAAAUGCUUGGAUACGAUUUAUCGGGCGAUUCCAUGGGGACAGAGACCGCGAAGAGACGAUCUCGACUUGGAAUGGCGCACGGGUGCAUCAGGUCGUGUCAUCCUGUACGACGAAGACUCGACAUCGAAAACCGAUGGCGAGUGGAAAAAGCUCAAUACGCUGCAUCAUUAUCGUGUGCCAGAUGGUGCAUGCCUCAAUUUAGUACCGCGACAAAGUUCAAUUUACAACUUGUCAAUAUUGACUGAGAAAAAUGAAAAGACCCACAAGUACGAAACGCUUAAUUUGUCGAAAUAUGGGUCAGCGAGUCCGCCAUUUAGUCGUACAUGUAGCCCAUUGAAUGCCGAUGGCAAUGACAAUGGCAUCAAGUAUUGGCAUUUGGUGAAGCAUCACGACAACGAGAUGCAGAAGGAGGGCGAACGCGUGAAUAAAAUGGUCUCGGAGAUUUAUUUGACGCGAUUGCUAGCGACAAAGGGUACCCUUCAAAAAUUCGUCGACGACUUGUUCGAAACGAUCUUCAGCACAGCGCAUCGCGGCUCUGCACUACCGCUCGCCAUAAAAUACAUGUUUGACUUCUUGGAUGAUCAAGCCCUAUUACACGGUAUCACAGAUCCCGAGGUUGUACAUACGUGGAAGAGUAAUAGUUUACCACUAAGGUUCUGGGUAAAUCUAAUUAAAAAUCCAAACUUUGUAUUCGACAUACACAAAUCGAAUAUCGUCGACUCGUGUUUAUCUGUAGUAGCGCAGACAUUUAUGGAUUCAUGUUCCACAUCGGACCAUAGAUUAGGCAAAGACUCACCUAGCUCUAAGUUAUUGUACGCCAAAGACAUUCCAUCGUACCGGGAAUGGGUAGAACGAUAUUAUUCGGAUAUCCGAGAGAUGCCAGCCAUAUCAGAUCAAGACAUGAACGCCAUGUUAGCGGAAGAGUCAAGGGUAAGUGGACACACAACUUGCGACAAAUGCGAGCCGGGAAUCGUGCAAAAGGCAACAACAACUGCAGCGACAGUCACGCCAGCGAUGGAAGUUUUGUCACAUAAGGCAGCACUGAAGCAACUGCAGAAGCGGUAUGGAUUGGAGAAUGAAAAAUACAUCGAAGAUCCCAAAGACGCCUCCUCCUCCAACGCUUCGUACAAAGAUCGCGCCGACACACGUCGCAAAACCGUCGGCUCGUCACAUCACACGGAAAAAACUGUCGUUGCAUCGGUCGACACCUCAAUCUCCUCCGACAACAAGGGUUUCAAGAUGCUCUCGAAGCUCGGAUGGUCCGAAGGAAAAAGUCUCGGCAAAGGUGACACGGGCCUGUUGGAGCCAAUUCCCAUCGUGUCGAAUGACGGCACAAAAGGUCUCGGAUGCGAACAACCCCUGAUCGGACCCAUUCAAAUUGGCGCGAAAAACAAGAGAAAAGCCGCGAUUCUGGCAAAAACUCAACAAAGAUUCGCCGAAUCGGGAACGACUGUUGAUUCUGAUUAAUUUUUAAUAAUUUUUUUUUUUGUGGGUUAAAAUUAAAGAGUAUUUAAUAAAAUGUGUAC